AUGUUCAACCCACCACCUGCUCCUCACAUGGGAGGAAAAUGGGAAGCGGUAGUAAAAUCAAUCAAGUACCAUUUGAGGAGAACAAUUGGUGAGCUCUUACUAACAUUCGAAGAGUUUUCCACUCCCCUCACACAGAUCGAAGCGGUGCUCAACUCCAGACCGUUGGAGCCGCUCAGUGACGAUCCCGACGAUAUCUCUGCGCUGACCCCAGGACACUUCCUGAUCGGAUCAGCGCUCAACACAAUACCAGAACCAUCACAGCUCGAAGUUUCACCAGGUCGGCUGUCAAAAUGGCAACUGAUCCAGCAAAGGGUUCAGCACUUCUGGUCUCAGUGGUUACGACACUACCUGCAGAGACUUCAGUCAAUUUCAAAGUGA